AUGGAGGAACGUGAUUCACUUUCGGACGAUAUACGAAAGAAUAUAGAAAGCGAUAUGGUGAAAAUGCUCGAUCGUCUGUGCGUUGCAUACAAAUUAGCUCAAAUCAGAUAUGAUUUGGAACAACCCUUUCACAAACUUAGCUUCUUCGGCAUCGGCUUGGGGAAGAAGUCGAAAGUGUCUUUUGAAGAAUAUUAUGAAUCGGUUCAGAGGAGCAGGUCCGAAGAGGAUAAGAAGAAAAACUACGCUCGCUUACUUAGUAUAAUGCGAACCUAUUUCAAUCAAUAUAGCCGACAAAUUUUCAAUGAGCAAUGGUACACCAUGGCUGAAUUAUUGUUGUACAAAAAACGUGAGCACGAUGCGCUACUCUACACUAAGCAUCGGUCUGAUUUUUUCAAGGAUUUUUUCUUUGAUGGGAAGAUCAUAAUGAAUAACGCUGACGUUAAAGAAGUAAUGGCGCUUCUGAACACCGCGGGCUUCAAAGUGGAUGAUGUCAAAGUGCAAGUGAUCUCUACGUCUGAUUUGCAUGGCAUUGGUCAGCCAAAACUCAACGCUGACGAAAUGCGAUUUUUACAAGAGCUAGUAAAACGUCAGAUUGACGAUAUUCGGGAAAUUAGCCGAAUCAAUGAAAGAGAACAAGCUUACGCCACCGUUGUUGAUCAAUAA